AUGGGUAGUGCUGGAUCAAAACGUCGAACAGGAGGACGUGAUCAAGAUUGGUUAAUACAAACAUUAGAUGAUCAUGAAAGUGGAAUUAAUUGUAUGGCAUUAAGUAAUGAUAGUACAGUACUUGCUACAGGUUCUGAUGAUCAUACUAUACGUUUAUGGAGUACGAAAACAACACCUAUCGAAUGUCUUAGUAUACUUUCUGGUCAUACGGAUUAUAUAACACAUAUUAUUAUGUAUACACAUUAUUUAAUUAGUGCAAGUGCAGAUCAAACAAUAAGAAAAUGGGAUAUGAUGAAUGGACAAUGUAUGCUUGUUUGUACUGGUCAUACAUCAUUAGUUAAUCGAAUUAUUUGCAUUGGUAAUUUUGAAUAUUUUUAA